AUGGCUUUGCUGUGUGGCCUUGGGAGCGGCGGCAUGGAGGCUCUCACCACUCAGCUGGGGCCGGGGCGCGAGGGCAACUCCUCGCCCAACUCGAAGCAGGAGCUGCAGCCCUACUCGGGCUCCAGCGCUCUCAAACCCAACCAGGUGGGCGAGACGUCGCUGUAUGGGGUGCCUAUCGUGUCUCUGGUCAUCGACGGCCAGGAGCGCCUGUGCCUGGCUCAGAUCUCCAACACCCUCCUUAAGAACUACAGCUACAACGAGAUCCACAACCGCCGCGUGGCCCUCGGCAUCACGUGCGUGCAAUGCACGCCGGUGCAGCUGGAGAUUCUGCGUCGGGCCGGGGCCAUGCCCAUCUCAUCGCGCCGCUGCGGCAUGAUCACGAAGCGCGAGGCUGAACGCCUGUGCAAGUCGUUCCUGGGCGAGCACAAGCCACCCAAGCUGCCUGAGAACUUCGCCUUCGAUGUGGUGCACGAGUGCGCGUGGGGCUCGCGUGGCAGCUUCAUCCCUGCGCGUUACAACAGCUCGCGUGCCAAGUGCAUCAAGUGCGGGUACUGCAGCAUGUACUUCUCGCCUAACAAGUUCAUCUUCCACUCGCACCGCACACCCGACGCCAAGUAUACGCAGCCUGACGCCGCCAACUUCAACUCGUGGCGCCGUCACCUCAAACUCAGUGACAAGUCGGCCACGGACGAACUGAGCCACGCUUGGGAGGACGUCAAGGCCAUGUUCAAUGGUGGCACACGCAAACGGACCUUCUCGCUGCAAGGAGGAGGCGGCGGCGGCGCUAAUGGCGGGUCGGGUGGGCAGGGGAAAGGUGGUGCUGGCGGCGGGGGCGGGGGCGGCCCGGGUUGCAGCGCGGAGAUGGCUCCAGGCCCACCGCCCCACAAAAGCCUGCGCUGUGGCGAAGAUGAGGCCACCGGGCCUCCUGGGCCGCCUCCUCCCCACCCGCAGCGGGGACUUGGUCUGGCAGCGGGAGCCGGUGGCCCCGCGGGCCCUGGAGGGCCUGGUGGCGGCGCCGGCGUUCGCAGCUACCCGGUGAUUCCAGUACCCAGCAAGGGCUUUGGCCUUCUGCAGAAGCUGCCCCCGCCGCUUUUCCCUCAUCCCUACGGCUUCCCCACGGCCUUCGGCCUCUGCCCCAAAAAGGACGACCCCGUACUAGGUGCGGGCGAACCCAAGGGCGGCCCAGGCACCGGGACCGGCGGGGGCGCGGGCACUGGCGGAGGCGCGGGCGGCCCAGGAGCCGGCCACUUGCCCCCGGGGGCCGGGGCUGGCCCAGGCGGCGGCGCCAUGUUCUGGGGUCACCAGCCCUCCGGGGCAGCCAAGGACGCAGCGGCCGUGGCUGCAGCGGCCGCCGCAGCCACCGUGUACCCGACGUUUCCCAUGUUCUGGCCGGCGGCAGGCAGCCUCCCGGUGCCGCCCUAUCCAGCUGCGCAGAGCCAAGCCAAGGCCGUGGCGGCCGCUGUAGCGGCUGCAGCGGCGGCGGCGGCGGCGGCUGCAGGUGGCGGCGGCCCCGAACCCCUGGACGGUGCCGAGCCGACCAAGGAGGGCGGCCUGGGCGCAGAGGAGCGCUGCCCGAGCGCCCUGUCCCGCGGGCCGCUGGACGAGGACGGCGCGGACGAGGCGCUGCCGCCGCCGCUGGCCCCACUGCCCCCGCCUCCGCCGCCGCCGCCGCCCGCGCGCAAAGGCUCCUACGUGUCGGCCUUCCGGCCCGUGGUCAAGGACGCUGAGAGCAUUGCCAAGCUCUACGGUAGCGCACGCGACGCCUACGGCGCGGGGCCGGCUCGUGGGCCGGGGCCCGGCGCGGGGUCCGGCGGCGGCUACGUAAGCCCGGACUUUCUGAGCGAGGGCAGCUCCAGUUACCACUCCGCCUCGCCCGACGUGGACACUGCAGACGAGCCGGAGGUGGACGUGGAGUCCAACCGCUUCCCCGACGACGAGGGCGCCCCGGACGAGACCGAGCCCAGUGUUCCCCGCGCACCCAGCACGGGAGGCGGCCCGGAUGGCGACCAGCCCGCAGGGCCCCAAUCUAGCACCUCCUCGGGCGCAGACGGUCCCACAGACUCUCCCGACUGCGGUAGCCCUCGCCCCCGGCGCCGUCCGGGGAUACCCGCAGCCAGCCGGUCCGUAUUUGGGGACCUGGCGGCCGACGACGUGGUGCGGAGACCUGAGAGGAGCCCGCCCAGCAGUGGCUAUGAGCUGCGAGAGCCUUGCGGGCCGCUGGGGGGCCCCGCGCCGGCCAAGGUGUACGCGCCCGAGCGGGACGAGCACGUGAAGAGCGCGGCGGCGGCGCUGGCGCCCGCAGCCUCGUACCUCUGCACCCCGGAGGCCCACGAGCCAGAUAAGGAAGACAAUCACUCGACCGCCGACGAUUUGGAAACGAGGAAAUCCUAUCCAGACCAAAGGAGCAUCUCCCAGCCAAGUCCCGCAACCACAGACCGAGGCGAAGAUGGGCUCACGCUGGAUGUCACGGGAACUCAGCUAGUGGAGAAAGACAUCGAGAACCUGGCCAGAGACGAAUUGCAAAAACUGCUCCUGGAGCAAAUGGAACUCCGCAAGAAGCUGGAGCGAGAAUUUCAGAGUCUCAAAGAUAAUUUUCAGGAUCAAAUGAAGAGGGAAUUGGCUUAUCGAGAAGAAAUGGUGCAACAGCUGCAAAUUGUCAGAGACACUCUGUGUAACGAACUCGACCAGGAGCGGAAGGCGCGCUACGCCAUCCAGCAGAAAUUAAAAGAAGCCCACGACGCCCUGCACCACUUCUCCUGCAAGAUGCUGACGCCCCGCCACUGCACUGGCAACUGCUCCUUCAAGCCCCCGCUGUUGCCCUAGGGCCGGCCCGGGCCGCCCCACGCGCCCUCAAGCCAUGCUGCUCUCUUCUUGUAAAUACCCGCGGCCGCGGCGGCCGAGAGCGAGGAACAAGCCAUUCAGACCGGACCGAUGUAAAUACAGCCUCCCGCCCGCCUGCCCUCCUCCGGGGCGCCUCGGCCUCGCCUGCCCCCGCCCGGGCACCCGGUCCAGGGGCCCGUCUCUGUUUCCAAGUGUAAAUAUCACCUCGCCCCACGGUUGAACUCCAGGGCAUCGGACCUCAUGGGGUUAACUGGACCGAAGGGGGUAAGAAAGGGGAGGGGGGUCCCUCCCCACACCUGUACAGCCUCGGACCCCCAAUUGUGAUUACAAUGUAGCAACUUCUCCGGCGCUGGUCCUGCGCUCCCCCGUCCCGUCCACUUCUGAAACUUGUUCCUGAUGACAAAGUGGCUAUGUGCAAUGGAUAUAAAUGUACUGUGAGUCUCUUGGUUCAGUAUUGGGUUCACUUUAAUUUAUUCAUGCUUUAAGUUAUUUUGCUUCCUUCUCCUGGACGUACUUCCAGUCCCGUUUGACAUUCCCCUUUGGGUUUUGCUUUGUCUAUUUUUUGUUGUAACCUCUUGUUGUAACAGCACUUUAAAAAGGGCGACAACUGACUCACGAAAUAGAGACCACCUUGAGCCUGUUUGGAGAGACCACCCCUGUAUCCGUGACUUUUGUUUUGUUUUUAAUAAAAAAAAAACCAAUCUGUCACUUCCUGGGGCUGUGGAGAUAGGAGUUGGGGGGGCCGGAAGUGGGGCAGAGGCUGGCUGAGGGCUGCGCAACAGGUGGAGCGUGGGGGCCGCAGCUCCGGUUCUGGGGUGCCCUGGCUGAGAAUCGCGUCUCCUCAGGUGGGCAGCAGGGAGCGCCAGACAUCUCCACCAAUCCUUCAGACACACCCAGCGUGCCCCCCAGGCCACCCCGUCCCUGCGUUUAAGACCCUUCCUUGGGCUUUGGCGCGACGACCGCCUGGUUCCUGGUGCCGAGGUCUUUGGUUCUCGAGCGCUCUCAGGGGCCGAGAGUUUAUUCGUGCCCAUUUCCACGCCUGCCCCACCGGGAAGUCACCUCCGGGGCGCUCAGAGACCGGACGCUGUUUCCUGGUAGUUUGCACGGCGCCCUGCCCCCACGCCCAGGUUCACCCGGAAUCGCCAGAAGGAGCGGGCACCGCCGGCCUGGCUCUGGAGCGCUGGAACGGGGGGGUCGAGGUUCGCAGGGUGGGCGAUUCUUUCCCGGGCAGGCCUGGAAACGAAGGGCGAGACUCGACGCUCGUGCGCAGCUGCCCUGCCGCCGCCGGAACGGAGCGAGCCCUGACGGAUUCUAACCUUCCGUCCAUUUUAGUCCCAGCGAGUUUGCGGACAGGAGCCCGAGGAGCAAAGCGAGGCCCGCCGGCUGCAGGUGUCCGGGUCGCCGGGCUCGCCAGGGCCCCCGUGGGAGGGAGUGGGGGGAAUGCCCGGGCUGCGGAUGCUGAGGCCUCACCUUGCCGCUGUCCUCCGGUAGGCCUCAGUUUCCACAGAUCACUUGCUGGUUCGGCUACAGAUAAGGGAGGGAACGUGGGGCGAGGGGGAGGAAAGUGUGGGUGGAGUGGGAAAGGGCACAGUGUUGG